CUCACAGAGGAAAUGUGUACGACAACAGAACGCAAGUAGUCUUCUAACUUUAUAGUGAAAGGAAAAGCGAAAGUCUCCACUGAUGUUGACCGGAUGUAGAAGCCUUUCUUGGACUUUUUUCUCCCUCACCUAUAGAAGACUUUAUACCAGGAGGAGUUUGACCUCCCAGGCUGCUCUCUGCUCCUCUGCCUCAACAGUUUCAUCCAUCCCUCCAUCUCUCUUCUCAUCAUCUCACAGUCACGGCUUCUUUACAAGCAAACAAACGCCGGUCCCCCUACACUCAUCCCUUCACUCCUCUCCCACCCGCUGCCUCUCUCUUUCUGCUCACCGUUCAGGCCUGAUGGAGCUUAAAGAAGUUCAGCAGGUGUUGGAGCAGCUCGCCCCUCUGUCUCUGGCUGAGUCGUGGGAUAAUGUCGGCCUACUGGUCGAGCCUAGCAAACCUCGGCCUGUUAAAACCAUCCUGCUCACCAACGACCUCACAGACACCGUCAUGGACGAAGCAGAGGCCAUGAGCUGUGAUCUCAUCAUUUCGUAUCACCCGCCGUUGUUCCGCCCAAUCAAGCGUCUGGUUCAGAAAGACUGGAAGCAGCGAUUGAUCAUCCGGGCUGUGGAGGCCAGGAUGGCGAUCUUCUCCCCUCACACUUCGUGGGAUAGUGUUAAAGGAGGCGUGAACGACUGGCUGGUCGGGGGACUCGGUAGCGGGCAGGUGUCUGUGCUGAGUCAGGCCCUCGGUGGUGCCUCCCAAAAUCACAAACUGGAGUUCACAGUCAAAAGCACGGAGGAACUAAACGGUGUUAUGGAGGAACUGAAGGCUUGUGACAGUGAAACGACACUACAACACUCAGUCAGCAGACCGGACAACAGCGAGGUCCAUGUCAGCGUAACCUGCAGUGACUCAGCGCUGACACCGAGUGUCCAGACUCUGCUACGACACAAUGCCCCCAGCCUCUCCCUCAGCAUCCUGAAGUUUGAAAAGCCCCCUCUACCCGGCCAUGGCCAAGGACGACUAAGUGUUUUGGACCAGCCAGUAACCCUGACAACAGCCAUCCAGAAAAUGAAGUCCCACUUGGGUUUGAGUCACCUGCGUUUGGCUCUGGGACUUGGGCAGACGCUAGAGUCCUCUGUGUGUACUGUGGCUGUGUGUGCUGGAUCUGGGGCCUCUGUACUGAACGGAGUCAAGGCAGACCUCUACAUCACAGGUGAGAUGUCCCACCAUGAAGUGCUAGACGCCGUGGCGAAGGGAACUAACGUCCUCCUCAGUGACCAUAGCAACAGUGAGCGUGGGUUUCUGGCUGUGUUCAGGGAGAAGCUGGCUGUGCGUCUUCCUGACAGUGUAACCGUGGUGGUGUCGAAGGCUGACAGAGACCCGCUGGAGGUGGUCUGACCGCCUUGGAGCUACAGCUGCACCAGUUAGUCUGGUGGAUAUAUCUUCACUGUUUUGAUUGGAUGAAAUCAAAACUACAAAAGCACCUUCCGCUUUUUCAAAUGGAGCGAUUGAAAUGGAUGUGCAUGAUAUGAUUGCAACGAGGAAAAUAAUAAAUAUUUUCCAUGCAGGCUCUUUAUGUAACUAUCUAGUAUCCAUAAAAUAUUAUUUAAAUAUAUCUGAGCCUCAUGUAAUAAUGAAAAGUGCUUCCUUUUCCUGUUAUUCAUUUCCUAAAUAAAAACAGGUUCUG